CCCCGGCCCAAGAUGGCGGCGGGCCCCGCCGCCGCCGCCGCCCGCGGCCGCUUCCCCGCCCGGCCCCCGCCGUGGCCUCGGGUUCCGCCCGGUUCUCCCCGCGCCCGGACCCCGCUGCGGGGCCCGCCGGGUCCUUCCCGGCCCGAUCCAGCGCUCCGGGCUCUCGUGGCCAUCGGCCGCGGCCUCCGGCGCCUGCGGGCGCUGCUCGGGGAGCGCCAAAGGCCCGCCCGGCCGGAGGAGUUUCGGGGGUUCCUCCCUGAGGAGCUGGAGAUGCCCCUCCCCCCACGGCGCUCCCGAAGAGGUUCCCGGCUCCCCCCCGGCUCCUCCCCCUCCCCCCCUCGCGCGGGGGGCGUGGCCUCAUCAUCAUCAUCAUCAUCAUCAUUGCCCCGCCCCCCUCGGCUGAAGCUCCGCCCCCUUCGCUUCCGGGGCGGGGUUUGGAGCAGGGGGCGUGGCCGGGGGGGUGGGCGGGGCUCCAGGCAGGUCGUGAUGCCAUUGGUCAGCUCCCGCUCGGCUCGGCCAAUCAGGCGCCCCCGUCGCUUCUCGGACACGCCCACACCGGAAGUGACGCCCGGGGACGCCCGGGAGGGGGUGGGGAAUCCCCGGGAAACCCCAAGGGGUGCUGGGGACACUCCCAGUGCUCCCAGUAACCCCAAAGCCCCUCCCAGUGCUCCCAGUUCCCCUCCCAGUAACCCCAAAACCCCUCCCAGUAACCCCAAAACUCCUCCCAGUAACCCCAAAACCCCUCCCAGUGCUCCCAGUAACGCCCAGGGCCCUCCCAGUGCUCCCAGUAAUGCCCAGGGCCCUCCCAGUAACCCCAAAACCCCUCCCAGUAACCCCCAGACCCCUCCCAGUAUCCCCAAAUCUGCUCCCAGUAACCCCCAGGGCCCUCCCAGUAACCCCAAAAUCCCUCCCAGUAACCCCAAAACCCCUCCCAGUGCUCCCAGUAACGCCCUGGGCCCUCCCAGUGCUCCCAGUAAUGCCCAGACCCCUCCCAGUAACCCCAAAACCCCUCCCAGUAACCUCAAAGCUCUUCCCAGUAACCCCCAGGCCCCUCCCAGUAUCCCCAAGACCCCUCCCAGUGCUCCCAGUAACCUCCAGACCCUUCCCAGUAACCCCCAGACCUCUCCCAGUAUCCCCAGUGCCCCUCCCAGUGCUCCCAGUCAAAUCCAGACCUCUCCCAGUAACCCCCAGACCCCUCCCAGUGCUCCCAGUGCCCCUCCCAGCGCCCCUUUGACCACGCCCACCACCCCCGAGGCCCCUCCCAGUGCUCCCAGUAACCCCCAGUCCCCUCCCAGUAACCCCCAGUCCCCUCCCAGUCUCCCCUCCCCCCGCCGCGCCAUCCUGCGGGCUCCCACCUUCCGCUGGGCGGGGGGCGGUGACGUCAUCGGGGUGGGCGGUGACGUCAUCAGGGUGGGCGGUGACGUCAUCAGGGUGGGCGGGGAGCUCCUCAGGCCGGCCCGCGUCGUCCUGGGCCGCGCCGGUGACGUCAUCGCCGGGGCGCGCCGUGACGUCAUCAAUCCGCGACGUGACGUCAUCAAAGCGCCGCGUGAUGUCAUCGAGCCUCCCUGUGACGUCAUCGAUCCGGCCCGUGACGUCAUCAAACCGCCACGUGACGUCAUCGAGGUCUCCUCCUCCCGUGACGUCAUCAAGCCUUCAAGUGACGUCAUCGAGCCUUCCAGUGACGUCAUCAAGCUGCCCUGUGACGUCAUCAAACCGCCGCGUGACGUCAUCGAGUUCUCCCGUGACGUCAUCAAGCCUUCAAGUGACGUCAUCGAGCCGCCCUGUGAUGUCAUCAAGCCGCCCUGUGACGUCAUCAAGCCACUCUGUGACGUCAUCGAGUCCUCCCGUGAUGUCAUCAAGCCACUCUGUGACGUCAUCGAGUCCUCCCGUGACGUCAUCAAGCCGACCUGUGAUGUCGUUGGCUCUUCCCGUGAUGUCAUCGAGUUACCUUGUGAUGUCAUCAAGCCUUCCUGUGAUGUCAUUGGACCUUCCUGUGAUGUCAUCAAGCCUUCGUGUGACGUCAUCGAGCCCUCCCGUGAUGUCAGACCGGCCAGUGACGUCAUCAAAUCACCUUGUGACGUCAUCAAAUCACCCUGUGACGUCAUCGAGCCCGCCUGUGACGUCAUCAAACCAUCCUGUGAUGUCGUCGAGCGCUCCACUGGCGUCAGACCGGCCUGUGACGUCAUCAAACCUUCCUGUGACGUCAUCAAACCUUCCCGUGACGUCAUCAAACCUUCCCGUGACGUCACCGAGAGCACCCGUGACGUCACGGGGGGCGGCGGCGACGCCCUCAACGGGACCUGUGACGUCAUCACGGCCGCCGGUGACGUCACCGGUCCCGGCCCCGCCCCUUUGGGCGACCCCCGGGUGACGCUGAGGCUCCUCCAGGUGACCUUGGCUGACCCCGGGGUGACCCCGCCAGGCCCCGCCCACUUCCGGCCCCGCCCCCUCCUGCUCCGGGCCCCCCUCUUCACCCCCGGCCCCGCCCACCUGCGCCUCUACCAAUCGCUGAGCUCGCUGCCCGCCGGAAGUCCCGCCCUCCCACUUCCGGUGCAAGCCACGCCCACUUCCGGUUUGAACCAUUUGGCUCUCCCCGCUCACUUCCGGGUUGGCGCCGGAAGUGAUGUCACGGCGACCGGAAGUGAUGCCGCGGCGGCCGGAAGUGAGGUCGCGGCGACAGGAAGUGCAGGCGGGGAGCGGGGAGAGGCGGCGGCGGCGGGGGGAAGUGACGUCACGGCGGGGGUUGAUGACGUCACGGCGGGGUUUGAUGACGUCACGGGGAGGGUGUUUGAUCUCCUGAGCCGGGCCCGGCUGCAGCUGGGGAGGAUCGACCGCAGGCAGAGGGUGGGGUCGGAGGAGCCUGAGGAGCCCCCGGAGGAACCUGGAGAGCCCCAGGGGUCCCCCAGGAUCAAACACGUCUGCAGGAGAGCCCCGCCCCCCGAGCAGGCCACGCCCCCGGAAGCCUCCACCACCCCCCCCACCGACCCCAAACGGCCCCGCCCGGAUAUCGCGAUAUAUCACGGUAUUGGGGAAUGUUCUGGGCCCAACACCAAGAAGCAGUGCUGCGUGUGA